CUCAGAGAGCCAGAGGCGAAGGAGAGACGAGGAGGCAAGAGAGACGUGUGUGGUGGGAAACAAGAUCAUCACGCACCCGGCUCCCGCCGCGUAGCGUCCAAACUCCACAUGGCGCGCGCUAUCCACUGAUCAGCGCCGCCACCCCCCUCCAUCCCUCCCCUCCCUCGGUGUCACGUCCCCAGCUCCCCGAUCGCCAGUUCACUUCGCCAUGGCCCCCGCGGCCGCCGCCGCCGCCUCAUCCACGCUGCUCCGCGCGGGGACCUUCUCGACCGCCCGCUCCGGCCAUUGCCUCCCCACGAGGGUAGCCGCCGCGAGCAGGACGCCGGCGGCUGCGCGUUCUCCUGCCACCACCUGCCUCUCCGUCGGGGCGAGGAGGCGGGGAGCCGAGGCCGUCCGCGCCUCCGCAGGUGGCGCGGCGCCCGCGACGUCCCUGCCGGCGGCGCUGCUGUUCGACUGCGACGGCGUGCUGGUGGACACGGAGAAGGACGGCCACCGCAUUUCCUUCAAUGAGACAUUUGCCGAGAGGGAAUUAGGUGUGAGCUGGAAUGUUGAGCUGUAUGGAGAACUGCUCAAAAUAGGUGGCGGCAAGGAAAGGAUGACAGCGUAUUUCAACAAAACAGGGUGGCCAGCUAAAUCACCAAAGACUGAUGACGAAAGAAAGGAGUUUAUUGCUUCAUUACACAAAAGGAAAACAGAAUUAUUCAUGGCUCUUAUUGAGAAGAAGUUGCUUCCACUCCGUCCAGGUGUUCAAAGGUUAAUUGAUGAAGCCCUAGGAAAAGGGGUGAAGGUUGCAGUAUGCAGUACAUCAAAUGAGAAAGCUGUUUCAGCAAUUGUUUCAUGUUUACUGGGCCCUGAUCGUGCAGAAAAAAUUACCAUCUUUGCUGGGGAUGUGGUUCCUCGCAAAAAACCUGAUCCAGCAAUCUACAUACUAGCAUCCACCACACUUGGAGUCGAUCCAUCUAGCUGUGUUGUUGUUGAAGACAGUACCAUUGGGCUUGCAGCAGCCAAAGCUGCUGGUAUGAAGUGUAUCGUCACAAAAAGCGGAUACACUGCAGAAGAGGACUUUGGGACAGCUGAUGCUGUGUUCGAUUGCAUUGGUGACCCUCCAGAAGUUCGCUUUGAUUUGGAGUUCUGCGCCAACCUCCUCCAGACACAAUUCGUAAGCUGAAGAAGCAAACGGCCAAUUUCACCGAUAUCGUAUAAAUCCUACUAGUAUAUAAAUUGUUGCCCAAGUUUGUGAAAAGUGGCAAUGGUCUCCGUAAAGUUGCUAAUACAAAAGUCAAAAGGAACAACGCUGUUUUACAUGUAAUUGAACAUCAUAAAGCCCCAAGUUUUAUGGUUUAGUCGCUUGGCAUGCUGA